AUGAUAGUGGAUUUGCUCGAGAUGCGGUUCAACGACGAAGAGGUGAAAAGGCGCAUAGAAUCAGCGGACACAAGCAUGAAGAAGCGCUUGGCUUCGCAAUACUUCGCGACUCGCCUGUCGGAGAAGCUGAACGUUGUUCUGAGCGGAACACAGGUUUCCACGAAAUACAAAAAAUUAAAGUGCGAGUACCGCCAAGGAAAAUCAGCUCGAAGUGACACCGGAAAUAUAGGCCGCGAAGACGACUCUGAACUAUGGGUGAUAUUAAACAGUUUUUUUGUCGGUCGUCCGGGUAUUGCUGGUGCAGUACUAGCUGAUGCUGAGGAGGAGGAGGACUACCCUGAUAAUGAUGUCGUAUUCAACUCAUCAGUUGGCAAGUCAAAGACCGUUACUCCCUUGACACACCUUGCCGAUGCAAUGAAGGAAGGAAUGACAGCACUUGCAGCGUCAAUGAGCUCUGAUGAAAAGCUGGCAACAGCCAUACAGGAGAUGAAGAACGCUCAACUUGCAACCCAGCAGUUGCAGGCGAAACAACUCACGUUACUGGAGCUGCUUCUUAACAAAUUUGGUUAA